AUGGAGUUAAGAAUUAUCAAGGACCAGUCUCCAAUGGUCCAGGCGAUAUUCAGCCGAAAUGCAGAAGAAGUGACAUUUUUGUUGAACCAUAAUGAAGAGGUCAAUUCACUGGACCAAGAACAAAGCACACCGCUUCAUGCUGCUGCUUAUUUGGGCGAUGUCCACAUUCUGGACCUACUUAUUACUUCAGGGGCAAAUGUCAACGCUAAGGACCAUGGUUUGCUGACUCCUUUACAUCGAGCAGCUGCCUCAAGAAAUGAAAGAGCUGUGGAGCUGCUACUAAAGCACAGAGCAGAGGUCAACGCACGGGACAAGUUUAGACAUACACCUUUACACAUGGCAGCUGCAAAGUGGGCUACAGGUUGCGCUUUAGCUCUGAUACCACAUGUGUGCAGCCUGGAUGUUGCCGACAGGUAUGGAAGGACACCACUGCAUCAUGCAGCGCACAGCGGCCAUGGAGAGAUGGUGAACUUGCUCCUGAGAAAAGGUGCCAACGCGAGUGCCAAAGAUAAGAAGGAAAGGCAGGCAAUCCACUUGGCGGCAUACCUUGGACAUGUGGAGGUUGUGAAGCUGCUGGCGUCUCACAGCGGCGAUGUGACGUGCAAGGACAAACGUGGUUACACUCCACUCCACGCUGCAGCUACCAGUGGACAGUUAGACGUGGUCAAAUAUCUGUUGAGACUGGCGGUGGAGAUCGAUGAACCCAACGUUUUUGGGAACACAGCACUCCACAUGGCCUGUCACACGGGGCAAGACUCUGUGGCCACUGAGCUGGUGAACUGCGGUGCCAACAUCAACCAGCCCAACCACUACGGCAGCACGCCACUGCAUCUGGCUGCCGCCUCCUCCAGCGGGGUGCUGUGUCUCGAGCUGCUCAUCAACAAUGGUGCUGACGUCAACAUGCAGAAUAAAGAAGGGAAGAGCCCUUUGCAUAUGGCUGCUAUGCACGGGCGCUUCACAGGCUCCCAGAUUCUGAUCCAAAAUGGUGGGGAGAUUGACUGUGUUGAUAUGUACGGAAACGCUCCUCUUCACAUUGCUGCCAGAUAUGGUCAGGAGUUACUGAUCAGCACUCUGCUGACAAAUGGUGCUGAAAAGGCCAGACAGGGGAUUCAUGGGAUGCUUCCACUACAUUUGGCGGCACUCUACGGAUUUCCAGACUGUUGUCGAAAGUUACUGUCUAAUGGCCAGUUUUACAUCAUGCCGUCUCAAACGUCCUCAGUUGGGUUCGACAUAAACAUCUUAGAUGAUCACGGGAGGACCUGCCUGCAUGCAGCUGCCUCUGGAGGAAAUGUUGAGUGCCUAAACUUGCUAUUGAAUAGUGCUGCUGAACUGGAUGUAAAAGAUAAUUUGGGAAGAUCUCCUUUGCACUAUGCUGCAGCUAACGGGAGAAGUCAAUGCACGAUCGCCCUGGUGAGAGCGGGUGCAGAGGUCAAUGAGCUGGAUCUGACCGGCUGCAGCCCUCUGCACUACGCUGCUGCGUCACACACCUUUUGUGGAGGGGAAGCAAACUCUGACCAUGGUGUGGAAAAGCAACACGAAGCCUCUCUUUGUUUAGACUACUUGCUUGACAAUGGGGCGAACCCAACUCUGAAGAACUGUAAGGGUUACAGUGCAGUCCACUAUGCAGCAGCUUAUGGGAACAAACAGCACCUGGAACUGCUCCUGGAGAUAUCUUUCAACUGUCUAGAGGAGGUUGAAAGUAAUAUACCAGUCAGUCCUUUGCACUUAGCUGCAUAUUAUGGUCACUGUGAGGCCCUGUGUUUGCUCUCUGAGACGUUAGUGAGUCUGGAUGUUCGGGACAUUGAAGGCAGAACAGCCCUCCACCUGGCUGCUCGGAGAGGUUUUGCCCCGUGUGUGGAAGUGCUGCUGAAACAUCAAGCCUCCUACACACUGAAGGAGCACAAGCACAAGUGGACAGCUCUCCAUGCUGCAGCUGCUGAGGGCCAAAUGGAUUGUCUGCUUUUAUUGGUCAACAUGGAACAAAGCGCAGACGUCAUCGACAGUCCAGAUACACAGGGACAGACGGCUCUCAUGCUGGCAGCUCUGGGACGUCACACCGACUGUGUCCACAUCCUGUUGGAGAAAGGAGCGAAGGCUGAUGCUGCAGACAAAAAGGGCUUCACUGCAUUACACAGAGCUGCCAUGUUGGGCAGUGAGGACUGUGUAUCUGCUCUGUUGGAACAUGGGGCCUCUGCUCUGUGUAGAGACUCUCGGGGAAUGACCCCGCUGCACCAUGCAGCGUCACUCGGCCACACAGAGCUACUCCGAACCUUGCUAAAGGCUGCUAUGAAAGCUGACCCUCUGGACUCCAUAUUGGACCACAGAGGCUACACGCCCACCCACUGGGCUGCCCACCACGGGCGUGAAGGAUGUUUACACAUUUUACUUGAAAACAAACUUUUUAGCAACCAGGAAGGAAAUCUCUUCACCCCAUUGCAUUGUGCCCUAGUCAAUGGACAUGAUGUUGCUGCUGAACUUCUAGUGAAGACUGUUGGCCCUCAAAUUGUUAACGUUAGUGAUGCCAAAGGAAGGACCACGCUGCAUGCGGCUGCUUAUUCAGGAAAUGUUGCUGGGCUGCAGCUGGUCCUGGCCCAGGGAGCAGAAGUCAACGCUGUGGACCAUUGUGGAUGCUCUGCUCUAAUGGUUGCUGCAGACUGUGGACAGACUAUGGCUGUUGAGUUCUUGCUGCACAAAGCCAAGCCAGACCUGACCCUGGUGGAUGUCAACAAUAACACUGCCCUUCACUUAGCCUGCAGCAAGGGUCAUGAGAUGUGUGCCCUGUUGAUCCUGGGAGAGAUAAACGACUCCUCCCUCAUAAAUGCAACAAACAACGCUCUCCAAAUGCCCCUUCACAUUGCAGCAAGGAAAGGCCUGGCCACUGUAGUGCAGGUUUUACUGAGCAGAGGAGCAGCAGUCAUGGCCGUAGAUGAGGAAGGUCACACGCCGGCUCUGGCCUGUGCUCCAAACAAGAACGUGGCGGACUGUCUGGCCAUGAUCCUCUCCACCAUGAAGCCUUAUCCUCCCAGAGAAGCCAGCACCGGUACAGCCUCCCACUUCAACCCCAUUCUGAAGAACUGUGUCAUUGCUGCCACCUGUGGGUCAAGUGGCAACCUGUGUCAUGCCUAAACCAAGGGCCGCACCAGCACUACUGGGCUGCACAAAUGUUUGGAGUGAAAUUUCAUCCCAUGUAACCGAAAGUCUCUACACAAAACCACAGACAGGAACUAGUGUGGCCAUGCGUAGCACCAUGACAUGUAUACAGGUGUGUUAUCUGCAGCUUCACGUACACUAAUGUGCUCAUGCACCAGUAGCAUUGAUUGCUUCUCUAAAAUCUAGUCUUACAGAUCACUAAUAUUAGCAGACCUCUUAGAUUAUCUAGAUAUCACACCAGUUGAGUUUAGCACAUCAUAUAUUGUUUUAAUUAAGUACUAACCAUUAGAAAUGAAAAGUUUUAACUUGAGCCUCUCCGCUAGAACUCCUGUCCACUGUGGCUUGAAUUUCUGAGCUCAUUAACCACCAAAGCCUGAAGUCUCCUGUGUUCGUCCUCAGCUGAUACAAGUGCAAGAAUACCUGGGCGUUUGUGUGUUUAAGCUCUGUCUGUCUGUCUGUCUGUCUGUCUGUCUGUCUGUUAUUUUGCAUUUUAGACAUUGCUUCUAAAUGUAAUUGUUUAAAAUAUCUAAUUGGUGCUUUAAACCUUUUUAUGCAAUUAAUAAGACUCUAUUUUCUUAUCCUGUCCAAAAUGUAGCAAACACUACAAUGAUAGAAAUAACCAUAUUGCUCUAAAAAUAUCUUAUUAUAAAAAGAUCAACUUACCUUUCGGUUAAGUAAAGUCACAAGCAUGUGUAUAGUAGUAAUGUUGUAGUUUACAGAGUUUAGUGUGUGUGUGUGUGUGUCUCUAUCUAUCUGUCUAUCUAUCAAGAGAGAUAGAUAUCUAGAGGUGUGUGUGCGUGUGUGCGUGUGCGUGUUUCUUAAAAUUAAGUUAACGUUUUACUUGUAUUAUCUUGAGAAUCCCAAAUUGAGAAUUAACCUCAGGUCUGUGUGUACUGUACUGUGGAUGCAAUAAAAACACAUUUUAAGCCGGAUGUUACAUAACAAGUAUGACAGAAGUAUCAUAUUUAAAUUAAAUCAACCUAAUGAAAAGGUCAGCAGAAUAAAAAAACGUGGUGAUUUUAACGUGACAGUUUUAAUAAACAGGAAAAAAUUAUCUUUUAGACUCGGAGCAUCAAUGUCUUAUGUCUUUAUUAAAUGUGACAUUUCACCACAUAUGCAUUAAAGAUUAAUUACAUUUUUUUUAUUAAUUGGUUGAUAAUUUUGAAAUUGCUCGCUUUUUCUGAUCAGCAGUCUUAAACCCAAAGAUAUUUAACUUCUACUUAUAGAAGACAAAUAAAAGCAGCAAAGCCCUCACAUUUAAGAGGCUGGAACCAGAAAAUAUUAAUUAUCAAAUGGUCAGCUAAUUUUCAGUUAUUGUCCAGUAUUUAUUGACAUUCAAUAAAUCUGUGUCUAGUAACUACUUGAUAAUACUUUCUAUGUGUUACUGUACAGGAUAUCCAUUUUAUGAUAUAUUUUAUAAAACUAGAAAAAUUGGAAGCACACAGAAUUUAGUGUUUUUAACGAUUAAUUUUUACUUUUAGUAGGCCAGUACUGGUACACAGAUGUGACUACCUAUCUCUCUUUAAAGAUCAAGUUUUUAUAAAUGGAGGUCUGUAUGACAUGUUUGUUUGUUUGUUUUUUAUAAUUUGGAAGACGUAAACACACACACAAACUUUUCCUGUUUGACCCCCCUCCCCAAUUAAUAACUGCUGUAUUAUCUUAAAAUGGCUUUAAACAGUUUGCACUCUGGCAUGAAAGUUUACAUUUUACAGGAAGGUAUCCUUAGGGUUAUGCUAAUUUGAAAGUGCAUUUUAUUGACUGAACAUUCAUAACGGUAUAACCCAAGUCAGUAUGAACAUGUCCUUGUUUCAUUUGGAUGAAAAGAUUGGAGGAAGACCUGACAUUUCUAAACACAAGUUGCAGUGAAAUGUUUUGAAUAAUGUUUGUCUUUAGGAAAUGCUCUGUUGAAGCUUUUCAUGUGAACACAUCUUACUGAGAGUUCAGGGUGUCCCAUCUAUACUAUGUGUGAUUUUAGUUGCAUUCAUAUGAGAGAACACAAAUAAAUCCUCAGUCAAAUCACA